ACUGUAGACCCAGUGGAUAAGCCACACUAAAACAAGCAAAAGAAGCUUCGAUCCUAGCAGUUCAAAGAAGUCCUUGCUCGCAUUGCCACGCUGGCAUCGAUUGCCAGGACGUGUUUGGGAACGACGUCUACACGAAAGUCUUCACUUGUGUCACGACGCGAUACUCCUUCUUUCAACCAUUCGCGUGAGCUGCUUUCUACUCUAGCAAAAGUCAUAGCUAGAAUCAUGUCGGCCUCAAAAAUCAAACCUGACAAGUAUCGUGUCCCCCUCUCCUCGAUCUACUCAUGGGGUUUGUCUGUAGUGGCCUUGAUCUCUAUCGUCCUCCCUUACAUUUUCUGGCCUUCUCAACCCUCCGCUGAUAAAAUCGGAACCACGUCCUGCGAGCCUCAGCCAUAUGUCAGCCGAAUCGUGUCCUACGAUCCACUGAUUAUUCAUUUGGAAAACUUCAUCACGCCAGCUGAGCGGGCCUAUUUGGCCAAUGUCACAAACGUAAAUCUGAGGCGAUCAACGGUGGCAAGCCGAGAUGGGGGACCACCAGUCCACAAGCCUUCUCGAACAAGCUCCACGGCAUUCCUCCCACACAAUGACACCGUAGGCCAAUGUAUCCAGAAACGAGCCGCCGAUUUCCAAGGCUUCCUCUCCCCUAAAAAGAUCGAGAUGCUCCAAGUUGUUCAGUACAAGGAGGGUCAGGAGUACCGAGCCCACUACGACUGGGGAGUUGCCAGCGAAUUCAAAGCAGAGCGCGAGAGCACUAUUUUCGGAAUACUAGAAGGUGAUUGCGAGAAGUGCGGGACUCAAUUUCCCAAGAUAGCGAUUGACUGGACAAAGGAAGAUCCUCGUUGGUGCGACUUUGUAGAAUGCGAUAUCCUGGAUGCACUCACUUUCAAGGCAACGGCUGGAAGCGCCGUCUUUUGGAAGAAUCUUCAUGCGGACGGUACGGGAGACAUGAGAACUUUUCAUGCGGGGCUGCCGAUUGGAAAGGGGAUGAAGCUAGGGUUAAAUGUAUGGACGAUUGUCUGAUAUGAUGCCCCAAAUAUAAGGAACUACGGCGGUAAGAGGUAGACAGAUAUUUACAAGCGUUUCUCAAAUCAUCAAGAAUCAAACACAAAGACACAAAUUUCCAAAUGAAAUCUGUCGGAAACAUUACAGGCAGAGACAGAA